UGCAACCAAGAAUGAAGACCAGCAGCUCAGACUUCAUUUUGGUGGCACUCGUUUCUAUUUCACUGCUUUCCCUGAGAUGGGAAGUCCGAGCAUCGUCCAAACAACUGCGAGCUGUGUUUCACACCCCUGCCGGUGAUGACUCAGUCAUUUGCCACGAUGACUUCAUGUCGGUUUACAUGUCAAAAAGGCAGUUUGCCAGUCUUCCUUUCACAAUAUACGUUCAAGACGAACACAGAGGAUAUUAUCAAGCUGUGGCUAUCGCAAAGCUCUGCAACUACUACUUUGGAGAAACCCAUUCCUUUGUCAUCCUAACAGUGGCUUCCAAUGGGUGUUUUGUCAAAAGACAAUAGAAAGAUGUGACAAGUCUCACUGUCGUCGUCAUGGCACCUGCAGAAGGGGCGAUGCCAGAGAUAGUCCAUUCCGUAGAUCUCAUCUGCGAAAGGAAGGGAAAAGAGCCAAUGACAAAUGUCCUGCCAGAUACGUCAAGUUUACUUUUCUGCAACAAAAGCGGUUUCAACAUCACCAUCCCGCGGAAGGUCACAGACCCACCUCUGAACCUCGAUGCAGUGGGGGUCGCAUCCCAUCAGGGCCCCAACUGCAAACCCCAGAGGAGAUCCGCUGAGGCCGUGACGUUCAGCUUUCCCUUCACUGACUGUGGCACCCAGUCCACGAUUGCAGAUGGAAAUAUUACCUACUGGACCAACAUUGAGUCUAACUGUCCGGUGUACCUUUGCACUUACUCAAAUGAUUCAAGUGGGCAUUACGGUUCAUCAAAGUGCGUCCGAGUACCCGUCAACGCUGAUGAACAAAGGAAUGCUGAGGACUCAAAUGAGGUUUGCCAAAGAUUCUUCCUACAAAUCUUUUCAUUCGUCGACUGACCCCCCGGUUGUGAGUGAGCUUGGCCAGCCGGUGUAUGUGGAGGUGUUGGUCAAACAUGACGACAAGGAUUUGGUGUUGCUGCUGGAGGACUGCUGGGCUACGCCAACCGAAGACCCAGAUCAUCCACUGAGAUGGAACCUCCUUUUCAAAGGGUGUCCCUUCACGGGUGAUAGCCACCGGACUGUUGUGUUGCCGGUCUCCAGUAAGGACAUAGCAUAUCCCGCCCUUCACAAAUGGUUUGCAAUCAAGAUGUUUUCUUUUGUGAGGUUUCAAGCUUUUGAAAACCUGGUGUUUCUCCAUUGUAAUGUGGAGAUCUGUAAAGGUCCAAAUUGUUUACAUCACUGCAGCAAUGGGAAGCGUCACCAAAGAAUCUCACCCGAGAUGGAGCAAAGUAUUUUACCCAGCGUAGUCUCCAGUGGACCUCUUCUGUAUUAUUUGUGAAUAAUAGCAUUUCUAGUCAUGUUUAUAUUCAAAACACACUUGUACACAAAAUAUACGUUGGUUAUAUGUAAAUCAAUGAUGUAAAUAAAACUA